CUCAUCCUCAUUCGCUUUCGACUCUAUUCGAAGCUCCCUGGCAAACAAAAAGGAGUAGCUCUUGAUCACUGCAAAAUGGUUCAGCGGCUCACAUAUCGUAAGCGUCACAGCUACGCCACUAAAUCCAAUCAACACAGGGUCGUCAAAACCCCUGGUGGCAAGUUGGUGUAUCAGACUACAAAGAAGAGAGCGAGCGGACCCAAGUGCCCUGUUACUGGGAAGAGGAUCCAAGGGAUUCCGCACUUGAGACCUGCUGAAUACAAGAGGUCUAGAUUGUCUAGGAACCGUCGGACAGUUAACCGGGCUUAUGGAGGUGUAUUAUCUGGAGGUGCUGUGAGAGAGAGGAUAAUCCGGGCUUUCUUGGUUGAAGAGCAAAAGAUUGUGAAAAAGGUAUUGAAGAUCCAGAAGGCAAAAGAAAAGCAAGCAUCAAGGGGUUGAAUUAUUGGUUCAUUGCGUCAUCGUUGAAGUUAACUCCUCCUGUUAAAAUAUGUUGUUGAGAAAUUUUGACUUUGUUGUCAAUUAUGAAUGUGGAACUUAAUUUGGAUUUAUAUUCUAUGCUUGCUUGUUUCAUAGUUUAAUCUGUUAGUAUACAUUUUGACUGCUGCAAUGCAUUUUAAGUUCUCUA